AUGAAAUCAUAUACAAUAGAUAAAGACUUAGGUUAAGGAACAUUCAGUAAGGUUAAAUUGGGGAUUCACAAACUAACAGGAGAGAAGGUAAUAAUAGUAUACUUAAUUGAAUUUAGGUGGCUAUAAAAAUAAUUGACAAGACAAAAUAAUAAGAAUCAGAUUAUGUUAGAAUUCAUCGUGAAAUUUCAAUACUAAGAAAACUAAGACAUCCUAAUGUGGUGUAAUUAUUUGAAGUAAGCCAUUUGCAUAGUAGAUUGUCGAAAGUGAUACUAAGUUAUACAUUGUUACUGAGUAUGUUAGUGGAGGAGAACUCUUUGAUCAUAUUGUAAGUAAUAAACGUCUUGAAGAACGAGAAGCUGUUAGACUAUUCAUAUAAUUAAUACAUGCAGUUACUUAUAUUCAUGAACAUCAAGUUGUUCAUAGAGAUUUAAAACCAGAAAAUGUAUUACUCAACGAAGGCACAUUAAAAGUAGUUGAUUUUGGAUUAUCAUCAACUUAUCAAUCUGGAUAGAAAUUGAAAACACCUUGUGGUAGUCCAUGUUAUGCAGCUCCUGAAAUGUUACAAGGACUUUCAUAUGAUGGCUUAUUUACAGAUAUUUGGUCCAGUGGAAUCAUUUUAUAUGCAAUGUUAUGUGGGUAUUUACAUUAUAAUUAAUUUGAGAUGUGUCCCUUUUGAAGAUCAAAAUACCAAGAAAUUAUAUGAAAAAAUAAAAACUUCAGAUUUCCAUUUACCUAAACAUGUUAGUUUAUAGGCUGCUGAUUUACUCAAAAAAUUAUUGAUGAAAGAUCCAACAUAAAGAAUUACUUUAUAAGAAAUAAUGAAUCAUGAUUUCAUUAAAUUUGCAGGUAAAUAUUCUAUUCCUCAGUCUCUUAAGAUUGAUAAUGAAAUUAUAUAAUAAAUGGUUCAAUUUGGAUUAGCCAACCAAUCUGAAAUAAUUGAAAUGAUUCAAAAUAAUAAGCAUAAUCAAAUUACAACUACAUAUUAUCUUUUAUAAAAUAAAAAUCCUUAAUCACAAUCAUAAUUCUCAUCAUAAACUUUCAAUAAAAUUACACAAUAAAUUAUUUAAUAGGUCCCAUUUAAUGAAAAUGCUCCAUAAAUAUUUAAAAUUAAACUCAAAAGUAAAUCUCCUUAUUAAUAAUAACAAAAUGAAGUUACUUAAGAACAUAUUACUUAAUCUCCUAGAAAAACUCAUUAAGAAAAUCAAAAUAAUAUUUCAAUCACAAAAAAAAUGUAUAAAAUAUUCAUACCUAUUUCUUAGACGUAGCAAGACUAGAUCACAAGAACCCAUUCAAAAACGUGAACCUUCACUUAGUAAUCAAUAACCACUUUCUAAAUAAACAAGAUAAGUUCAUAUUGGAGAAUUCUUUAAAAAAACUAAUAAUGAUUAAUUCGAAAAUCUAAGAUAAAAUGCCAACCCUUAAGGAUAUAAUAAGUUUAUUAUCACUGAACGUGUUAGUAUGUAAAAUAAUACAUCCGUUUCAAAAAUACCCUCUAGAUAAGGGAGAUUAUCAUUCAAAAUAGAAUAAAAACCUUUACAAACUUAACCGAACGAAAAUAAUAAAGAUGGCAAAAAUUAAAAAUCUACUUCGAAUACUAAAAAAGCAACUGAACUUAGUUCUAAUCAAAAACUAAUAUAAAUGGAUUCUAUAGCUACAUAGAUAUAAAAUAAUAUUUAGAAUAGGUUUCUUAUUUAUAAAAAGAAAAUUAAGUAAUGA